AUGAAAGAACUUUUAGCAAACCAAUUUUCUAAUAUUUAUCCAGGUGCCAGUGAAAAAUUUCUUGCAUCAGAAAGUUGGUUCUAUCGCUUUCUUAGAAGGUAUGAUUUUGCAAUGAGACGUAAAACAAAGAUUGGUCAGAAGCUUCCCGCUCACCUUGACAUCAAACUUCUCGAAUUUCAACAAUUUAUUAUAAAAAAACAAAAACAAUUUGAAUAUGAACUUUCAGAAAUUGGAAAUAUGGAUGAAACUCCUGUUUAUUUUGAUAUGGUUGGAAAUUUAACAAUUGAUAAACAUGGUGCAAAAACUGUGCAAGUUCAAACAACUGGAAAUGAUAAAAACCGUUUUACAUGUGUCCUUACAAUUCUUGCAGAUGGUACAAAAUUACCACCAAUUGUUAUUUUCAAAGGUAAACAAAUGCCAAAGAAUUUACCUUCUCAAAUCAUUGUACUAAUGCACCCAAAAGGAUGGAUGGAUGAAAUUGGAAUGAAAGCUUGGUUUGAUAAGAGAAUUCGAAAUUACUACACAAGUUUGCAUGAGUUCGUGACUUCUGUUCUUGAUCAAAUUAAACAAUACACUAAAGUUGUUGCUGACACUGGUUAUUUUGAAUCCACACAAAAACCUAAUUAUGCUCAUCAUUUCACAAUAUAUUCCACAUAUCUAUUAUAUAGAUCAAUUGAUAAAAAAGUUGAAUUAGCAACUGAUAAAUUGUUGAUUAAUUUUGAUAAUGAAAUUCUUAAAAUUAUUCCUGGGCGAGUUUCAACUGAAGUAGAUGCAAUUUUAUCAUUUGACACUGAAGGGACUAUUGCUAAAGCUAACUGUUUGAUUGGACUUUAUGAGGAAGCUGGUAUUGUCGCAUGUGCUGAGGCAGGCGUAACUUUGGUUUCACCAUUUGUUGAUCGUAUUCUUGAUUGGUAUAAGAAAAAUACAGGACAAGAUUUCUCAGCCAAAGAAGAUCCAGGUUCCAAAAUUGUUAGAACAAUUACAUUCUGA